CAAUCUUAAAUGUCGCGUGCGCCAACUAACUUUGCCAAUUAUCGAUUUUCAUUUUAUAAUUUUUGACUGUUGGCUAUUGAAAACAACAAAUUAGAACAGUUACUGUGACAAAGUCAAAUAGCCAACUAACCAAUGUGGCGACCAUUUCGAAUUUCAGUGGAAUAGUGGAUUGUCGCAUACAACAAUUUAAAUAUUAAACUAAAUAUAUGCAAAAGCAAAAGAAAAACUCAGCAACCAAGGAAUAAAAUAUUUUUUUUUUGUUAUUUUUUUUUUUUAAUUAUUGAAAGAAUUCCCGAAAUUGUUGCUCUAUGAGUAUGCUGGGUUUCGUUUAUCUCUUUUUGAUACUCGGUUGGAUUCUGAUUGUGUUAUUUCUUAAGUGCAAAAAGUCGAUUACACCACAUUUUGCUUUCGCCGAAAAUUAUACAGACGCUAUUGCGGCUGAUCGUCGUCCGUCAGUUCAUAUCAUACAACUACCACCGGAAGAAAUGGAUAACGAAGAUCAAUUCAUCGACUCGUAUCAUCAACGCAGCAGUAGCCUUCGGCGGCAUUCGAAUCGCUCGCAACAUUCGGCUAUGCACGAAGAGCGCACCGUCGAAACGACAUAUCCAACAGAUGCAGUUGUGAAUCCCGCAUACAUGCACGAUGAGGAAUAUAUCAUUAAUGCUCCGCCCCCUUCUUAUGAAGAAGUUAUGCGCCAACCGGAAGUGUAUCCCAAAGUGCAUCAAAGUACGAGCAAAGUGAGCGACGCGAAUAUUUAAAGCUCACCAGGGCGCCUCAUCUGUUUCUCUUUUGCUGAAAAGUCUGAGCAAUUCAACGCUGCAUAACAACAAAAAAAAGGAAACAAUUGUUACAUCUGAGUCAUGAGGGUGCCCUUUUUUGUAUAUAUUGUAUAUUAAAAACCUUCAGCUGUGAUUUUAUACUAAAAUUAAU